CCCACCUGGUCUUAAGGUGGAUUAUAUAGUCUCACCUGGUCUUAAUGUGGACUAUAUAGUCUCACCUCGUUACUAGGUGGCUAGUCUAGCGUUUUACAGGUUGUUGACAAGAUGCUACAAUUUUCGUCUCCUGGUUGUUUGAAUUGCUGCUUCAUAUGGGCCUUUAUGAUUUCUCACGUGGCAUCAAAUGCUCCUAGAAACGGAAUGACGUCACCACAUGCUUCUACAAAGGAACUGACGUCAUCUAAUGCUCCUAGGGACGAGCUAAUUGCGGCUGGGAGCGGCCUAAAGUUCCAGACGGCUGACCUUGAGCUGCCAGACUGGCACAAAUCUCGAGGUCAGACGGCCAGACAAAAGGUCAUGUGUCCGAGUCUCGUCCAGAGGUCAGCGCGCGCUUUUCUGGGUCGUCUGGUCAAGUCUGGCCUGACCGUGCCUGGUGCCGCUAGUGUCAAACGUCCCCGGGUAAAGAGAAGUCCCCGGGGUCUCGUGGUGCAGCUUUUCUUUAGCAACUCCAGCAAGUUACAGCAAGUCGCCGCCAACUGGGACAUGACUUCUGCGCAUGCUCAAGGCCGACUGCCCUAUGUAGACGCCAUUGUUAGCAGCUAUAAAGAUUCAGCUGAUGAUCUCCUUCAAUCAGAAACACCUCCAGAAACAGUUCCAGAAAUAGUUGGAGAAACUUCAGGUGCUAAUGAGACUGACUUGCCGCCGGAUGUCUUGACUGAAUGGAAAGACUUCCAUCCGGAAGUCAGCAUGCCAUUAAGCAAACGGAUGCUGCCUCUGGGGGAGGGGAUUGUUGGCACCCUAAUAUCACCACCCUCGCGCAAAUGUCAGAUGAACACCUACAGGGUCAAGGUCAGCCUAGCGGGGUGUGUCACGACAAUGGUGGUGGCCACCGUGUGUUCGGGUCAGUGCCACUCAAGGUCAGUCCCCCACUGGACCAUGACCAGCACGCGCAUGCUGCGUCACUGCACCUGCUGCUCACCCGAGAGACUCGUCACGGUGCCCUACGAGCUCUCGUGCCCGGGCAGGGUCAGGAAACGUCUGGUGGUCAGCUUGACCCAGCCGCUCUACUGCAGCUGCAGACCAUGUGACCAGACGGAUCAGUAGAAAGGUCAUGUGACCAGACAAAGGUCAUGUGACCAGACAGAGGUCAUGUGACCAGACGAACCAGUAGAAAGGUCAUGUGACCAGACGGACCAGUAGACAGGUCAUGUGACCAGACCAAGGUCAUGUGA